AUGCAAUUGUCUAAGAAUAUUGUUUUAGGGUUUGCAGCCUUCGGAGCUGCAAUCGUGAACGCUCAGCAAGAAGCUACCGCUCCAGAGGGAUCUGCAGUUGUUAAGCUUACUUCUGACACCUUUGCUGAGUUUGUGAAAGAACAUCCAUUGGUUCUGGCCGAAUUCUAUGCCCCAUGGUGUGGACACUGUAAAACUUUGGCACCUCACUACGUGGAGGCGGCAGCAGCUCUCGAAAGCAAGGAUAUCUCGCUAGCACAGGUUGAUUGUACACAGGAGACAGAGCUGUGUAUGGAGCAGGGAAUCAAAGGCUACCCAACACUAAAGGUAUUCAAGAACCACCAAAUUGAGUCUCCAAGUGAAUACCAAGGUGGAAGAACCGCACAGUCUAUCAUUUCAUACAUGACAGCUCAAUCCAUGCCAGCUGUCUCAGUCAUAGCCGGUGAAGACGCCGAUGAAGACUUCAAGGAUGUGUUGGCCGAAUCUCCAUCUGCUGUUAUUGUCGACGGUGGUGUUUCUGGUCUAAAUGACACCUUCCACGAAUUGGCAGAGCUUUUCAGAGAUGACUUUAUUUUCGUUCAAUACAACCAGACCGGUGCAGAACCUCAACUAUCGAUUCACUUGCCCAAAGAGGCCGAGCCAAUCAACUUUGAGGGCAAAAACAACUCGCUAACACACCUUAUCGAAUGGGUCCAAGUCGAAACCAAGCCAUUUUUCGGUGAGAUCAACGGUGAGACAUUCCAGUCAUACAUGAGCACCAAAACUCCUCUCGCUUAUUUCUUCUACAACAACGCAGAGGAGCGUGCUUCUCAUGAAGAUUUCUUCACCAAGCUGGGCAAAGAGCACAGAGGUGCAGUCAACUUUGUUGGUUUGGAUGCGUCUUUGUACGGCAAACAUGCUGACAACCUAAACGUGAAGCAGCAAUUCCCUCUCUUUGUCAUUCAUGACACUGAAAAGAACCUCAAGUUUGGGAUGCCUCAGCUAAGUGAUGAAAAGUUCGCUGCUUUGACCAAACCUUUGGAAUUGAAAACCAGCGACAUCUCCAAGUUUGUCAAGAACUUCCUUGACGGUAAGUUGGAGCCUAUUGUGAAAUCCGAAGAAAUUCCUGACGUCCAGGAAGCCAGUGUUUUCAAAAUCGUUGGUAAGACUCACGACAAAAUUGUCGAAGACGAGAAAAAAGACGUUUUGGUCAAGUAUUACGCUCCAUGGUGCGGUCACUGUAAAAGAUUGGCCCCUAUCUACGAAGAACUGGCGGGUGUUUACGCUUCUGAUGAGUCUGCCAAGGGCAAAGUCGUCAUCGCCAACGUGGAUGCUACUUUGAACGAUGUUAACGUCGACCUAGAGGGUUAUCCAACAUUGAUCCUAUACCCAGCAGGUAAGAAAUCCUCUCCUGUCGUCUACUCCGGUGCCAGAGAUCUAGAAUCCCUCAUGGAGUUCAUAGCGGAAAACGGCAAAAACAGUGUGAACGGUUCUGCCAUCUUGGAACAAAAGCUAGCAGACGAGGCCGCCAACAAGGUCGACGAUGAGGCCGAAGCCAUUGCGGAAGAAAUUGUAGAACACGAUGAAUUGUGA